GUACUCUUGUUUCUCUCUCUCUCUCUCUCUCUCUCUCUUUCUCGAGCCCCAACAUUCUUUACUCACCUGCCUCCUCUCUCUCUCCCUUGUCUCCAAUGCAACUGUCUAGUCAAAUUAUGGACUUCAGUAUUUUUUGAGUACCAAAUUUUCUGCUAAUGCCAAUGGUACAGUUUUACUAAAAAAUUAGUAAUAUUGUUUUUCUUCCAUUAACCCAAUAGUAAUAACUCCAUUUAUCAUUAAUACUGCAUUUUUUAAGUACUAACCAUUAUGUUAUUUGCUGGUUAAACUUUGUUUGUUUGUGAGUAGUUUUGAACUUCUCAGACAGCUUAGAGAUGCUACUUGUUUGCUGUAAAAACUUGUUCAUUUCUGUCUUAAAAAGUGGGAUUGUUUUAACUCAUUCUUGGUGAAAAAACUCUUUUUUUGUUUUUUGUUUUUUUUUGUUCUUGUUGUUAAAGUUUGUUUUUUUAUUUGAAACCAAGUUGAACACUUGAAUGUUCCUUCUCUCUUGUCUGUCAAAGUUCCCUCCUUUUUUUGUCAUAGAAAACAACAACACAAGAACCUUUCUUUCUUUCUUUCUCUAUCUUCUUCUAAAGGAAAAAUAAAAAACCAAACUUUGUUAAAGAUAAGGGUUAGUGAGAAAAACAUGGGUUGUGUCGCCUCUAAACUAGAGGAAGAAGAAGAAGUUGUAGCUAUCUGUAGAGAGAGGAAGCGCCAGUUGAAACUAGCUGUGGAGAAAAGGUAUGAACUUGCUGAAGCUCAUUGCAAGUAUUUUCAUUCUUUGAAUGCUGUAGCUGCUUCCAUUAAGCUUUUUGUUGCACGCCAUUCUUCACCUUCUUCACCUUUCCUUAUAACUUUCCCUCCUCCUGAUUCUCCUACUCCUUCAUCAACUGAAAAUGUCAUAAACAACCCUAUGUUCCUUCAGCAGACACCAUCAGAGACAAAACAUGAAUCUAUUGCUUGUGAUUCAUGCAUUGCUUCAACAACUUCAGAGUCUUCUGAGGAAGAUUGUGAAGAAAAGUGUGAGGGAGAAUGUGAAGGUGAGAGAGAACAGCAAAGUGAGCAGUCAUGUGGUUAUUACUACAUGCAAAUGCCUAUGCACAUGCCUGUGCAUAUGUCUAUGCCUAUGCAUAUGUCUAUGCCACCUUCAAUGCCAUCUCCGCAGAGAGAUUUUGGUUGGGAUUUCUUUUACCCUUUUGACAGUGUGAGGCAAGAAGUUAUCAGUGGCUACCACAGAAACUCAGAUGAUGAUUUGAGAGCAGUGAGGGAGGAAGAAGGGAUUCCAGAGUUGGAGGAGGAAGUGGAAAGGGAAGAACUUAAGCACAAAGUUGUGGUGAGUGUUGAAGAGAAGAGUAAUGAAGGUGGAGGGAAAGUUAUGAAUAUGAGGGGCGUUGAUAAGGUGAAGGUUGUGGAUGUGAAUACUGAAAAUGUUGGGGAGCAAAAGGGGUUUGGAGUUCUUGAUACACCUGCUGAAGGGAGAGAGUUGCUUGAAGCUUUGAAAGAUAUUGAGGACCAUUUUGUUAGGGCUUAUGAUUCUGGUAAGGGUGUUACUAAGAUGUUGGAGGCUAAUAGAAUCCCCCUUCAUUCUAAUUUGGAGGAAAUAAAAGAAAGUUCGACCAAACUGAUUAACGCAAUAACAUGGAAGUCCAUGUCAUCUAGGUCGUCAUCAUGCAAGAGUCUGGUGGUUCAAAAUAUGAAAAAUUCUUCAAAUUGGGUGGAAUAUAAGAAUGAUCUGUUUGAUGAUUACGGAGGAAUGGAUUCUGGAAGUCAUUUAUUAACCUUAGGAAGGCUAUAUGCAUGGGAAAAGAAAUUGUUUGAGGAGGUUAAGGCUGGGGAUAGCACUCGGAAAAAUUAUGAGAAAAAAUGUGCGCAAAUGAGAAAUAAGAAUGUUAGAGGAGACGAUGAAUUAAGCAUGGAUAUGACUAGGGCUGAAUUGAAAGAUCUGUAUGCUGGGAUCUUGGUUGCAAUUCGACGUGCAGAGUCGAUCUCAAAGAGAAUUCAGAAAAUGAGAGAUGAAGAAUUACAGCCUCAAGUUGUUGAACUAUUGAAAGGCCUGACACAAUCGUGGAAAAUCAUGUUGGAGUCGCAUGAAACACAAAAGAAGAUUCUUUCUGAAGUCAAAUACUUUACAUGUCCUGCAUAUGGGAAAUUUUGCAAUCAAUCUCGUGGGUUAGCAACUCUUCAGCUUGAAGCCGAGCUUCACCACUGGCGCGCGUGCUUUAGAGAGUAUACUGCAGCUCAAAAAGCAUAUGUACAAGCUCUUCACGGAUGGCUAAGUAAGUUCAUAGUCCCCGAAGUUGAAUUCUACUCGAGACGCAAAAAUGUUGCCGUGCCAUUUCAAGUCAACGGGCCACCAUUAUUUAUGAUAUGCAACGAUUGGUUAACUUCCCUGCGAAAGUUACCUGAUAAGACGGUCUCACUUGCACUGAAAAGUGUCGUGAAAGACGUGAAAGCUCUUUGGAUUCAGCAAAAUAAAGAGCAGCAGCAGAAGAGGAAAGUAGAAAGCUUAACAAAAGAAUUAGAUAGAAGAUAUCUAGGGUCGUAUAAACUGAAGACUAAGUUACUUGAGUUGCAAGUAACAGAUUAUAAAUCAGAAGAGGGAACAGUUCAUGAAGAAGAAUGCAUGAUGGAGAAGAGUGAUCAUUUGGAGACACUGAGAAGAAAACUAGAGGUAGAGAAGGAGAAGCGCGACAGUUGCAUGCAAGAAACGCAACGGAUGACACUGAAUGGAUUACAAUCGGGGUUUUCUCUAGUCCUUGAAUCUUUGACAGAGUUCUCUAAAGCAUCACAGAAAAUGUACAACGAUCUUGUAACUUUCAGUGAAAAUAGUGAGAAAACCGGGAAAUUUUCGUAUAUAGAGGGUGGUUGCAAUGUGGAAGAUAACUGCAACAGUCACAAUGGAGAAUAGAAUUGUACUAGUAAUAGUAAGAGAGAUAUUUGUGCAUUAGGGGUGCUUUGUGUAAUUAUGUUAUUAUUAUGUGUGGUGUUAUGUCAAAGCAGCUCGCUGAGACAUCAUCAAUUUUUAAGGUAUUACUAGUUUAGUUGACCAAGUGCAGACAUCAAUUUUUAAUGUAUUUUGCACUAUUAGUGUUGGUAUUGUUGAUUGUUGUUGAGAAUGUUCUGAGUUUUAGUUUUUUA